AUGGUCCUCGCUGCGGAACUCCCUCAGAUAUCCAUCUCUUUAGCUCCUCCAGAGCAACCUAUUGUUGAACCUUUCUCGCCGUUUUCCUGGGUAAAAGCAGUUGUAAAUGACGACGACGGCUUUAGGUCCACCCAUCUGACUCCUCCGCCUACUCAUGUGAAAUUUUCCACAAACCUGCCUUCUCCUCUCGGUCCCACCGAUAACAAAGCAAAAGGUCUUGAGCGCGACCGCUUUGAGGCCCUUUUGAAGGCUACGCGCGAAAGAAAUGCGUUUUCCGGAGGCAAAAAGGAUAGCGAUCUUCGUAAAGAAAUUGCCCUUAAAGCACAUAAGAACAAGCAAGUCGAGCGAAGGGCUCUCUUUUUGUCCAAAGUGCUUGCCCCUCCAUCGCCGACUGCUACGAACCAACCUGUAACUCCUCCAGAAUCACCCGCUGUAUUCCACUUUCGAUUCCCUUCGCCUGGGCUUGUGUCUCCACUUGCCCUGUUUGAAUCUCUGAACGAGGAUUCGCCUACCGGCCCUCUUUCUUAUCCUGUUGAUCCAUGGGUAGAGCAAGUCGAUUAUAGACUGCCUUACCAAGAAUCAUUUGUCAAAGUCAAAGGGCCUAAAUAUACGAAUUCCAAGCAGUCUCUUCCUUCUCUCGAGCAGAUCUCCGCUCGUUUAGGUCCCAACCAUGUCCGCAUUAUGAGCUCCGAAAGUAAUGGGCGUACCACCCGUCUUCCCAAUUUCCUCGCCCAGCGUCAGGUUUCUGCACCUGUGGGCGAACGUUCGCCCCUUAUCUCGGGCAUUGGCAGAUCGCAGCUUCCUAUCAAAACACCUCAGCUCUCCAAGGUUGAGCCAGCAACUGUCUUGCCACCUCCAAAGUCUCCUUCUUCGCCCUUGACGCCGCAACUUCAAGUCACAACUUUGGUUGUGCCAAGCUUCUCGUCUCGGUCUCCAACGGAGCUGUCCGAGUCUAAUUUGAACGCUUUGCAGUCGCGCGAACGUAAGGCCAAGGAUAUGCUUUCCACGCUCCGGCGUCGAGUAGCCCCGUCCGACGAUGGGGUGUUGCAGGGCCAUGAAUCCGUUCCAAAGCUAAUGCUUGAUCGUCGCUGGAAACGCCAUUCUGCUCCUGCUGACAUUGCUUCGAGACCCCGCGCAGGAUUCGAACAUCCUGUGCUUUCAAUUAAAGGAGCGUUCUGA